AUGGUCACUGAAAUUCCAUUACCUCAAGGUGCUGGUUACGCCGUUGUCGUUGGACUUGGUUUUGUCUUUUCUCUUGGUAUGAUUUUGACAACCUUUGUCCUGCGUCGGUACCAGAAAGAAAUCAUUACUGCUGAAGAGUUCGUCGCAGCAGGUCGGUCUGUUAAGACCGGUCUGAUUGCUGCUGCUGUCGUCAGUUCUUGGACUUGGGCUGCAACCCUGCUUCAAUCCUGUACUCAAGUUUACAAGAAUGGUGUUUCUGGAGGUGCUACUGUCCAAGUUAUUUUAUUCGCGUUCAUUGCCAUUAAAGCUAAGCAAAGGGCCCCAGAAGCCCACACUUAUCUCGAAAUUAUCAAAGCCAGAUACGGCACGGUUGCACACAGUGUCUACCUGUUCUUUGCCAUUGCAACCAACAUCUUGGUCACUGCCAUGUUGCUAACCGGUGGCUCUGCCGUCAUCAGUGAUCUCACUGGUAUGAAUACUGUUGCUGCUUGUUAUCUUCUCCCAGUUGGUGUGGUUGUCUACACUUUGUUUGGUGGUAUUAAGGCAACUUUCCUGACCGAUUACGCACACACCAUUGCCAUCAUUGUCAUCAUCUUGACCUUCGCCUUCACUACCUACGCUACCAGUGACCUUUUGGGAUCUCCAAGCAAAGUCUGGGAUUUGGUUAUGGCUGCAGGAGAGAAGAACCCUAUUGACGGAAAUGCCGACGGUUCUUACCUCACCAUGAAUUCUCGUUCCGGAGGUAUUUUCUUCGUUAUCAACAUUGUCGGUAACUUCGGUACCGUUUUCCUUGAUAACGGAUAUUGGAACAAGGCUAUUGCCUCCAGUCCAGCUGCUGCUCUCCCAGGUUACAUUUUUGGUGGUCUCGCUUGGUUUGCUGUUCCAUGGUUGGUUUCUACUACCAUGGGAUUGGCCUGUGUUGCCCUGGAAAACAACCCAGCUUUCCCAACCUAUCCAAACCCUCUUACAUCAGAACAGGUGUCUGCUGGUUUGGUUCUCCCAAGUGCUGCCGUUGCCAUGAUGGGCAAGGGUGGUGCUGUUGCCGCUUUGAUCAUGGUUUUCAUGGCCGUCACUUCUGCUUCUUCUGCCGAAUUCAUCGCCGUGUCUUCCAUCUUCUCCUACGAUAUCUACAAGGGAUACAUCAACCCAAAUGCUUCCGGUAAGAAGAUCAUCAUGACUUCGCACAUCUCGGUGAUCAUCUUCUCGCUUGUUAUGUCGAGUUUUGCAACUGGUUUGUACUACGCAGGAAUCUCCAUGGGUUACCUUUACGAACUUAUGGGUAUUAUCAUUUCUGGUGCCGUUUUCCCAGCUACUAUGACCUUACUUUCAAGCAAGCAAAACGUCCAUGCAGCCAUUUGGUCUCCAAUUCUUGCAACCGGAUUUGCUAUCAUGAGUUGGUUGAUCUGUACCAAAAAGCAGUUCGGUGCAAUCUCUGUCGACUCUACUUUUGAGGACAACGCCAUGCUUACCGGAAAUGUUGUUGCUUUGCUUUCGCCACUUAUUUUUGUUCCUGUGUUGACCUUUGCUUUCGGCCCACAAAACUUUGACUGGGACAUUUUGAAGAACAUCAAGAGAGUUGAUGAAACCGAAGAGAUCAUAGAGGCUACCGAGGAGCCAGUCAAGGAUUCCGAAUUCCAGCCUAUCAAGUCUCAUGUUACUGCUAUUGCUCAUGAUAUCUACGAGGAAAAAAGAAUCACUGCUGCUAAACAAGAGGAGGAAUUGCUCGGAAGAGCUUCCAAAAUUGCUGGAUACACUUGUCUGUUCAUGGCCAUUUCCCUUUUGGUCGUUUGGCCAAUGCCAAUGUACGGAAGCAAGUAUGUUUUUUCCAAGAAGUUCUUCACUGGUUGGGUUGUUGUCGGCAUCAUCUGGAUGUUCAUCUCGGCUUUCAUUGUUAUCAUCUAUCCACUUUGGGAAGGUAGACACGGUAUUUACGUCUCUAUGAGAGGUAUCUACUGGGAUCUUUCUGGCCAAACCUGGAAACUUAGACAAUGGCAGAACGAGCACCCUGAGGAGCUUCACGUUGUUCAGAGUCAAGUUUCUGCUGAGAUUGCAGAUGAGAGACUCGAAGGUAUUGAGCAAGCUAUUGAGAGCGAGUCAAAGAAAGAGUAA